AUUCCAGCAACUGGGGGCGUCCGUGUUCGGUAAAUAUACCGAGGGUCUCUCUCUAACCGGCUUCACAGAGUCAGAUCGAGGAAAUUUUCUACGCCCCUAGCGCCGGCCCUUGUGAUUACGGGAGGGACUUUUCUCGCUCUGACGAUGAGACGCGCUUAUUUCUGCUUUCGGUUUUGCCAGACCCAGAUCCCUCGCUCUGCAUGAGGAAGCAAUGUGAUUUCCUGAUCCCGAGUACUGUACUAAGGGGGAGAAUUUAUUUUUCUCUCUGGAUGUUUAUAACGAGGGCUGUCUGACAAUGAAAGCACUGCGUUUGCUGCUACCUCUGCUUCUGCUGCCUGUCUCGGGAAGUGACAGAGCGCAGUUGACAGUGAAUGGUCCGAGGAGUGUAAAUGGAACCGCUGGAAGUGCUGUCAUCCUGCCCUGCUACUUCACGUUCCCCUAUACCAGCUACACUACCUUUGAGAUUACAGUCAUCUGGAAGGUAGGGGUGUUUUAUACAGGGUCUGUUCUCUUCAACGCAACAAACAGAGCCAAAGGCCCAGAGGGAUUUGAAAAUGUUGUUCACACAAACGUCAACGACCGGUACAGACUGGCCGGGGACCCCAGGACUAACGACGCCUCAAUCCAGAUAAGAGAGGCCAGGCUUGAUGACACCAGUGAGUAUUUCUGCCGUGUGGAAGUCAAACGCCCAGCAUUACCUGCUUACAUGAAGGAAAACAACCCUGGGACCAUCCUGAAAAUAACAGGCCUGCCUGUCAUCCUCAACGUAUCGAUCCAGGUCAUCAACAGCACACAGUUUACCCUGGUGUGCCAUGUUCAAGGAGAGCCGUCUCCACACAUAGUGUGGGUCGACCCCCAGGACCAUAGACUCCCUGUGAACGCCAGCGAUACGCCAGUUGUACGAGGUCCAGGGCAGUAUCAGGUUGUGGGGGAGCUACGCGAUCCGACGCUGGGAGGGAACUACACCUGCGUGGCCUCCAACAGCCUUGGCAAUGCCACUCAAGUAAUCUACUUCACCAGCUCGAAUGAAGACUGGCCGAUGCUCAAAGUAAUAAUUGGCGUCUUGGUUGGAAGCCUCUUUCUGAUUGCCCUGAUUGUUAUUGCCCUUGCAAUUUGGAGGAGAAAGACAGGAAUUUUGGAUUUUACCCCACAGAGAGAAAGAUGCCCACCUGAUUCAUCCAAAUAUUGUAAAGUGAAACAGUAUCAGAAAAAAUCAACACCAGAGAAGACUAGCACUGAACUCAAGUCCCCAGAAGUCAGUAACUGCUAACUGGCAAUUUUUACUGCGGGUGACGUUUGCCUGCUGCCACACCCUCGAACUUUGACCUCGCAGAACGCAAUCAACUCCAGAAGCUGUGCCCUGGGAAAGGAGUCCUGACCCAGUGUGAAGUCGAUAUUUUACACUCUCCUGUCUGCUGCCUCAGCGUGACGGACACAAGAUUUCUGCAUUUGGAUUGUCGUCAAGGUUACCUGCUGGCUGGUGUGGGAUCUCGAACCUCACUGUGCAGACCAGAAGGUGUGAACAUCAUCUCUCCCCCAUCCCCCCUCCGCCCCACCUUGACUACCUGAGAGAUAUUAUUGCUUUGAGUCCGGAUUCAGGGUUCCUUCCCUGAAGGACAUUUGAGGACCAGUCCUCUUUAUUUAUGUGACUGCAACAGCUUAUGGUCGGGCUAUCAACACAAAAUACUGUGGAUGCCGGAGAUCUGAAACAAGCACAGAGAAUGCUGGAGAAACUCAGCAGGUCUAGCAGCAUCCUUGGAGAGAGAAGCAGUGUUACCGUUUUGAGUCCGGUGUCCCUUGCUCAGAGCUUCUGGACUCAAGAUAUUAACUCUGCUUCUGACUCCACAGAUUCCAGCCUUGCCAAGUUUCUCCAGCUUUGUGGCCUUGUUUACUGUUAACUUCUUUUAUUUCCAGGCUGGACCAAAUAUUUUGGAUUGACCUUCUCUGAAUUGCCAGGGCAGGGACAUAACCCAACACGCCUGGACCUAGCCUUAGGUUUUGAGGAUUGUUAAGCUGUCUGAUCACUGGAAACAGCAAACUUGUUGGAUCUAGUUUUCCCACUAACCCAGAAUGAGUGGGAUAAAUCCACGCUCCCGGUGCCAAGCACUCACCAGCAGACCCUGUCAAUCUGCUGGAUUUUGGAAUUUUCUGCAUGUGCAGCCUCAGUUUCAGGCUCUUGAAUGCAACAAUCUCAUGUAAUUUCUGGUUCAGAUCCAGAAAUGGGAUGUGCAGUAGAAAGGCAGUGUUAUAGAAUCAUGGAAUCCCCACAGCAGGCCAUUCAGCCCAUCAAAUCCACACCAAACCUCCACAGAGCACCUCACCCAGACCCACGCCCCCUUACUCUAUCCCUGUAACCCUGCAUUUGCCACGGCCAAUCCACCCUAACCUGGACGUCUUUGGACUGUGGGUGGAAACCGGAGCAUCUGGAGGAAACCCCAUGGAUUCUACUAUUUGUUUUAUGUUGGGUGGUGAUCUGAGAAAGUGGUUGGGGAAAUGGUAUUGAAGUCAUCUGAUUGAGGGCUAAGUGGCUUCCUCUGGGGAUCUCGCUGUUGCCAGGUUGGUACCUGCUGAGGUGGCAAGGGGGUGGUGGGGGGAGCUGGGUGUGUCGGUGAAUGGCCCAGCGUAUGGCAAGUCCAUUUGAGGAUGCUGAGUAGGCAGUGCAGCCCAGCCCACCCCACCCCACCCCACCUCGUGCCUGGCCCAUGAUUCCAUCAGAUCGUGGAGGGUACGUGCCAGGCCCGGUCAGCAGGGCAGAGGGCUGUUCCUCCCACCCCCAUCAUGGCGUCUAGGUAAUGGAUGGAUUCUGCACCAGGAGAGUCUAUUUCCUCUCACAAACAUCAUGUUGAAGGACACAAUAUUUCUAAGAUUAUUGGUUAUUUGAUGACUCGGCGAAAGAAGGCGUAAUCAGAGUGACUGGGAUAUUUACUUGUCACUCUGUUUGGUCGGGAGUGGGGUUGUCGACUGGCUCCCUUGGCCAGGGUGUGAUACACAACGGUGCCAACAGCACGGGUUCAACCCCUGUGCUGGUAGUUCACAAGUACCAGGUUUGCAGUGUGAAGCUAGGUAGACCCAACUGCCUCUCUGUCUCUCCAUAUCAUCAAAGGGAGCUGUCCAUGGUUCCCUGUGGACUAUAACUAAUUAUUUAUAGACCUGUUACAAGUUAUUUAUACUUUCUACAUUAGGCAAAAUAGUUGCAGUGCCAGAACAUUGUUGAUUAUUGACUGUUUUUACAUCAAAUGAAUGCAUGAAGGUGAACAUUUUUUUCACUAGCGAGCACUUGUAACGUGGCAGUCCAUGCCACUGCAUUAUGUAAAGAGUACCGAUGCAUUGUCCACUGCUACCUUCACAAGGGUAACUUAGAGAGAGGCAAUACAUGUUGGCCCAACCAGCAAUGCCUGCAUUUUGUAUGUGAAUAAAUGAAAACAUUAUGGUUUGAAUUCUU